UCUUCUGCAUGUCACUCAACAUAAAGCCGCAAUCUGAUUGGCCCGCUGACGUUCCACCCGCUCCUCUCUGCAAACUGUCACAUAUGCCACUUCCGUGUGUGAUUUGUCGGGAAUACAGCGCUGCAUCAAAGAUGGCUCACAUGAGACCAACAAUCUGUCCAUUUAGGGUGAACACUGAGACGGAAUAAGGGAUAUCUUGCACGAAUAGAAGGCGGAGAGCCGGUGGUAGCACUCUCCGCACUACGCACCGCUCUCCUCGGUGCUAAGCUAGCUGGUUAGCUCACACAGUAACUAUUAGCGAGCCCAGCUAGCUAGCUUACUGUUGAUUGCUAAAAUGGCCACCAUGGAGAAACUGAUGAAGGCCUUUGAGAGUCUGAAGUCCUUCCAGCAGCAGCAGGGACCACCGACCGCCGAGGAGCUGGUCCAGAGACAGAAAAAGGAACAGGCUACCACAAAGAAGGACAGGGUCUCACACUGCCUGACAAUAUGUGAAAACAUUGUGGCUCAGUCUCUGAGAACGUCACCAGAGUUUCAGAAACUGUUGGGCAUCGCCAUGGAGAUGUUCCUGCUCUGCAGUGAUGACAGCGAAUCAGAUGUCCGGAUGGUAGCAGAUGAGUGCCUGAACAAAAUCAUCAAAGCUCUGAUGGACUCAAACCUCCCUAGAUUGCAGCUGGAACUGUACAAAGAAAUAAAAAAGAACGGUGCCUCUCGGAGUCUGAGGGCAGCUUUGUGGAGGUUUGCUGAGCUUGCUCAUCUCAUCAGACCACAGAAAUGCAGACCCUACCUGGUCAACCUGUUGCCAUGCCUCUCUCGAAUUACCAAGCGGCAGGAGGAGACGGUACAGGAGACUCUGGCUGCUGCAAUGCCCAAGAUCAUGUCCGCCUUGGGGCACUUCGCCAAUGAUGGCGAGAUCAAGGUGCUGCUGAAGUCCUUUGUGGCCAACCUGAAGUCCAGCUCCCCGACCAUCAGACGGACAGCAGCCAGCUCAGCCGUCAGUGUGUGCCAGCACUCCAGACGUACCAGCUACUUUUACACUUGGCUCCUUAAUGUGCUGCUGGGUCUGCUGGUUCCAGUGGAUGAAGAACACCCCAGCCACCUAGUCCUGGGGGUGCUGUUAACCCUUCGCUACCUGAUGCCUCUGCUGCAGCAACAAGUCAACACCACCAGCCUCAAAGGAAGCUUUGGAGUCAUGAGGAAGGAGGCUGAUGUCCAGCCAACACCUGAACAACUGCUACAGGUGUACGAGCUGACCUUACACUACACACAGCACUGGGAUCACAAUGUGGUCACAGCAGCUCUGGAGCUCCUGCAGCAGAUGUUCAGGACUCCCCCACCAGAGCUUCUGCACAUGCUCAUCACAGCAGGCAGCAUUCUUCACGGCACCGUUUUUCGCCAGGACACCGAGAGCCGCGCUCGCUCCAGCAGCAUCCUCGAGCUCAUUGGUAAAAUGCUUUCUGGGGAGGAGGAUGGGUUGGAUGAUGACGCCGAGAGAACAGAGGUCACCACCGGUGUCUUCACAGCAGCAGUUGUCGGUGCAGACGGCUCUUCUGCAACGCAGGUAGACAUCAUCACCGAGCAGCCGCGCUCCUCCCAGCAUACCCUGCAGCCUGGCGACUCUGUGGACCUCAGUGCCUCCUCAGAGCAGGGUGGUGGCGGAGGCGGGACAUCUGCGUCAGACACGCCCGAGUCACCCAAUGACAACGAGGAGGAAAUGCUUAGUCGAAGCUCCAGCGGCGGGGCCAACAUCACUCCGGAGACGGCUGACUACACCACACCAGAGACGGAGGGAGGGCCCUUAGGAGCAGGCCCGACUCUGCUAGGCACUAAUGAUCGCUCGGUUCCACCCAGCGACUCCUCACAGACCACCACAGAGGGACCGGACUCAGCUGUCACGCCUUCAGACGUACCAGAGCUGGUGCUGGAUGGCAGCGAGAGCCAGUACUCUGGGAUGCAGAUCGGGACGUUGCAGGAUGAAGAAGAUGAAGGAGCAGCACCUUCCUCCCAAGAAGAACCCCAAGAACCAAUCCUGCAGUCAGCCCUGGCGCUGAGCAAACCUCAUCUCUUUGAAAGCCGAGGUCACAACCGGCAGGGUUCAGACAGCAGCGUGGACCGCUUUGUACCAAAGGACGAGCCUGCUGAACCCGAACCUGACAACAAGCCGUCACGGAUAAAGGGUCCAAUUGGACACUAUACUGACCGGGGGGUGGAGCCGCUGGUGCACUGUGUACGGCUUCUUGCUGCUUCCUUCCUACUGACAGGACAAAAGAAUGGUCUGACCCCUGACAAGGAGGUGCGAGUCAGCGUGAAGGCUCUGGCGGUCAGCUGUGUCGGGGCAGCAGCAGCGCUGCACCCUGAAGCCUUCUUUAAUUCCCUCUACCUGGAGCCGCUGGAUGGCAUUCCAGCUGAAGAGCAGCAGUAUAUCAGUGAUAUUCUGGGCCUCAUUGACCAUGGGGACCCCCAGAUCAGAGGGGCCACAGCCAUCCUCUGUGCAGCCAUCAUACAAGCUGCACUCACCAAAACACGUUACAACAUACACACCUGGCUGGCCAGCGUGCAGAGUGCAACAGGUAACCCUUUGUCCCUGGUGGACUUGGUGCCUUUGCUCCAGAAAACUCUGAAGGAUGAAUCCUCUGUCACCUGUAAGAUGGCCUGCUCUGCAGUGAGACACUGCCUCAUGACUGUGUGCAGCAGUACCUUGAGUGAACUAGGCCUGCAGUUGUUGAUAAACCUUCUUGCUCUGAGGGACUCGUCCUAUUGGCUUGUUCGCACAGAGCUCUUGGAGACCCUGGCUGAGAUGGACUUCCGGUUAGUUAAUUUCCUGGAGAGGAAAACGGAGGCUUUGCACAAAGGGGAUCAUCACUACACUGGGCGGCUGCGGCUACAGGACAGAGUGCUGAAUGAUGUGGUCAUCCGUCUGUUGGGAGAUGAUGACCCUAGAGUCAGGCACGUUGCUGCCUCUGCUGUCAGCAGGCUGGUUUCCAGGUUGUUCUAUGACUGUGACCAGGGUCAAGUGGACCCAGUAGUGGCUAUUGCCCGGGACCAGAGUUCAGUCUACCUGCAGCUGCUGAUGCAUGAGACACAACCCCCCUCCCAGUUCACAGUGAGCACAAUCACAAGGACGUACCGAGGCUUCAACUUGUCCAACAAUGUGUCUGAUGUCACAAUCGAGAACAAUUUGUCCAGAGUCGUUACCGCCGUCUCCCAUGCUUUCACCUCCUCUUCCUCCAGAGCCCUGACUUUUGGCUGCUGUGAGGCCUUGUGCCUCCUGGCUUCAAAUUUCCCAGUGUCCACUUGGAGUACAGGCUGGCACUGUGGCUACGUCAGCUCCAGUAGCAGCUUUUCUUCCCGCUCCAGUCGUAGCAGAGGCAGGGCUCUUAGUGUCUCACAGCCUAGUAGUGCUCCAGCCUCUUCAUCCACCUCUUCAUCUGCACCAGACAAUGAGCGGAGGACUCUGACUGUAGGAAUGGCCAACAUGGUCCUCUCUUUACUCUCCUCCGCCUGGUUUCCACUGGAUCUUUCUUCCCACCAGGAUGCACUUUUGCUUUCUGGCAAUCUGCUUGCUGCCGUGGCCCCUAAAUGCAUGCGCAACCCCUGGGCCGGAGAGGAAGACGGCAGCACUGGUAGUACGAACCCUAACCCAAAUAAGAUGGAGGAGCCAUGGGCAGGGCUGUCGGAGCACACCCUGGUGGCCAUGGUGGAGCAGCUAUUCUCUCACCUACUGAAGAUCCUCAACAUCUGUGCCCAUGUGCUGGAUGACACACCACCGGGACCAGCAGUUAAGGCCACCCUCCCCUCCCUGAGCAACACCCCCUCCCUCAGUCCCAUCCGCAGAAAAGGCAAGGAGAAGGAUGCUGCUGAGCAAAGUGCUGCUCCUAUGAGCCCAAAGAAAAGCAAUGAGAUCAACACAGGCAGGCCAGCAGACGGCACUGGGUCAACUGCUGUAAACAAAUCUACCACCCUCGGCAAUUUCUACCACCUGCCACCCUACCUCAAGCUCUAUGAUGUCCUUAAAGCUACACAUGCCAACUACAAGGUUACGCUGGACCUCCACAGUAGCCAGGAAAAGUUUGGAGGUUUCCUGCGUUCCACUCUAGAUGUUCUGUCUCAGCUCCUGGAGCUGGCCACACUACACGACAUCAGUAAGUGUGUGGAGGAAAUCUUGGGCUACCUCAAGUCCUGUUUCUCCAGAGAACCAACCAUGGCUACCGUUUGUGUACAGCAGCUGUUGAAGACUCUUUUUGGCACCAACCUGGCCUCCCAGUGCGAGGGCAUCCUGAGUGGACCCAGCCGGUCCCAGGGUAAGGCUCUCCGUCUGGGCUCGUCUAGUCUGCGACCAGGCCUCUACCACUACUGCUUCAUGGCGCCGUACACUCACUUCACUCAGGCUCUGGCCGAUGCUAGUCUCCGUAACAUGGUGCAGGCUGAACAGGAGCAGGACACCUCUGGAUGGUUUGAUGUGAUGCAAAAAGCUUCGAACCAGCUGAGGUCCAACAUUGCAAAUGCAACGCGCAACAGAGGAGACAAGAAUGCCAUCCACAACCACAUUCGUCUGUUUGAGCCACUGGUGAUCAAAGCUUUGAAGCAGUACACUACCAGCACCUCUGUGGCCCUGCAGAGGCAAGUACUGGACCUGCUGGCCCAACUUGUGCAGCUCCGAGUCAACUACUGCCUGCUUGACUCAGAUCAGGUGUUCAUAGGCUUUGUCCUGAAGCAGUUUGAGUACAUUGAAGUGGGUCAGUUCAGAGACUCGGAGGCCAUCAUUCCCAACAUCUUUUUCUUCCUGGUGCUGCUGUCUUAUGAGCGUUACCACUCCAAGCAGAUAAUCAGCAUCCCCAAAAUCAUCCAGCUGUGUGACGGCAUCAUGGCGAGCGGCAGGAAAGCUGUCACACACGCCAUCCCAGCCCUGCAGCCAAUAGUCCAUGAUCUGUUUGUGUUGAGGGGCUCAAACAAAGCAGAUGCAGGCAAAGAGCUGGAAACGCAGAAAGAAGUGGUGGUCUCCAUGCUGCUUAGACUUGUGCAACACCAUCAGGUGUUGGAGAUGUUCAUUCUUGUUCUGCAGCAGUGUCACAAAGAGAAUGAAGACAAGUGGAAGAGAUUGUCCAGACAGAUUGCUGAUGUCAUACUUCCCAUGAUCGCUAAGCAGCAGAUGCACCUGGACUCUCCGGAGGCGUUGGGAGUGUUGAACACUCUGUUUGAGACUGUGGCGCCCUCCUCUCUCAGACCUGUAGACAUGCUGCUCAAGAGUAUGUUCACCACCCCGGUAACCAUGGCGUCAGUGGGUACAGUCCAGCUGUGGGUGUCCGGUAUCAUGGCAGUGCUCAGGGUUCUGGUCUCCCAGUCCACCGAGGACAUCGUCCUGUCCCGGGUCCACGAACUCUCCCUCACCCCGCAUCUCCUCUCCUGCCACACAAUCCGUCGCCUACAUCAGCAAAGCCUCUCACCAAGUGACCCCCCCACUGCCGACACACUCGUCAACCAGGAACCUAAUGGUGAGGCACAAAAGGCCCCACCUGAGGAAACCUUUGCCAGGUUCCUCCUCCAGCUGGUUGGAGUGUUGCUGGAUGACAUUUCCUCCAGACAGGUUAAGGUGGACAUUACAGAGCAGCAACACACCUUCUACUGCCAGCAGCUGGGCACACUGCUCAUGUGUCUCAUACAUGUCUUCAAAAGUGGAAUGUUUCGCAGGAUCACAGCUGCAGCUACCCGUCUCCUAAAGGGUGAGGGUGGAGGUGGACAGACGGGCCCCGAGGCCGGUCUGUUUUACCCCUUAGAGGGGCUGAACAGCAUGGUGCAGUGCCUGAUCACCACCCACCCCUCCCUGGUGCUGCUAUGGUGCCAGGUCCUCCUCAUCAUCGACUACACCAACUACUCCUGGUGGGCUGAGGUGCACCAGACACCCAGGGGACACAGUCUCUCGUCCACAAAGCUGCUGAGCCCUCACUCCUCAGGGGAAGGAGAGGAGAAGCCCGAGAUGCGGUUAGCGAUGGUUAAACGAGAGAUUGUACGCAGGGGAGCCCUGAUCCUCUUCUGUGACUAUGUGUGCCAGAACCUCCACGACUCGGAGCAUCUGACCUGGCUGAUUGUCAACCAUGUGCGUGACCUCAUCAACCUUUCCAAUGAGCCUCCAGUGCAGGAUUUCAUCAGCGCCGUGCACCGCAACUCAGCUGCCAGCGGCCUCUUCAUCCAGGCCAUCCAGUCCCGCUGUGACAACCUCAGUACUCCUACCAUGUUGAAGAAGACUCUGCAGUGUUUGGAAGGCAUCCACCUGAGUCAGUCUGGCUCCCUGCUGAUGCUGUAUGUGGACAAGCUGCUCAGUACGCCAUUCAGGGUUCUGGCUCGCAUGGUGGACACACUGGCUUGUCGCAGAGUGGAGAUGCUGCUGGCUGAGACGCUGCAGAACAGUAUAGCUCAGCUGCCUGUGGAGGAACUGGACCGGAUCCAGGAAUACCUCCAGACCAGUGGCCUGGCUCAGAGGCAUCAGAGGUUUUACUCCCUGCUGGACAGGUUCAGAGCCACUGUUGCCGGCACCAGCAGCCCCACACCUCCUGUGACAUCACACCCCUUGGAUGGGGAUCCACCACCUGCCCCUGAGCUGGUCUCUGCCGAUAAGGAGUGGUACGUGGCUCUGGUGAAGUCUCAGUGUUGUCUUCGUGGAGAUGUUUCCCUGUUGGAGACGACAGAGCUCCUCACCAAACUGCCUCCCACUGACCUCUUGGACAUCAUGAGCUGCAAGGACUUCAACCCAAGCCUGCUGUGUCCAUGUCUCAGUAUGGGGAUACAGCGGUUAGCACGAGGUCAGGGGCUGCUCUUGUUGGAGACAGCUCUGCAGGUGACCCUGGAGCGGCUCGCAGGGGUCACCGGGUCACUUCCUGUUCCCCACCAGUCCUUCCUGCCGCCCGCCCAGUCACAGCCCUACUGGAACCAACUAGCUGCUGUGUAUGAUGAGCCAGGUUUCUACCCCCGGGUUUUGUCGCUCUGCAGAGCUCUGUCCCAGUACCUGCUGAGUGUGAGCCAGCUGCCCUCCUCACUACACAUUCCCUCUGACAAGGAACACCUCAUCACCACUUUCACCUGCACCGCUGCCGAGGUCAUAGCAUGGCGUCUCCUCCAGAACCAGUUGCCCCUGAGCGUGGACCUGCAGUGGGCUCUGUCCUGUCUGUGUCUGGCCCUGCAGCAGCCCUGCGUCUGGAACAAACUCUCCACCCCAGAGUACACCACACACACCUGCUCUCUCAUCUACUGCCUACACCUCAUCAUUGUUGCAGUGGCUGUGAGUCCUGGCGACCAGCUUCUGCAUCCAGAGAAGAAAAAGACGAAGGCAGAGAGAGAUGCUGAAGAUGAAGUUGACUCUCCACAUGCUAACCACAUGUGUGAGUGGAAAGCAUGUGAGAUUAUGGCGGAGCUGGUGGAAGGCCUGCAGAGCAUCCUCGCCCUGGGUCACCAUAGAAACAGUGUAUUCCCCGCUUUCCUCACACCAACCUUGCGCAACAUUGUCAUCAGUCUGUCCCGACUGCCUCUGGUCAACAGCUACACCCGAGUACCUCCACUGGUUUGGAAACUGGGCUGGUCCCCUCAGCCAGGAGGAGAGUACGGCACAACGCUGCCUGAGAUCCCUGUGGACUUCCUGCAGGAGAAGGAUGUCUUCAGAGAGUUCCUCUACCGCAUCAACACACUGGGCUGGAGCAGCAGGACUCAGUUUGAGGAGACCUGGGCCACACUGCUGGGGGUGCUGGUCACCCAACCCAUCACUAUGGACCAGGAGGAGGAGACACAGCAGGAGGAGGACUUGGAGCGUACCCAGUUGAAUGUGUUAGCGGUGCAGGCCAUCACCAGCCUGGUGCUGAGUGCCAUGACCCUGCCCACUGCUGGCAACCCUGCAGUCAGCUGUCUGGAACAGCAGCCUCGCAACAAGAGCCUCAAAGCACUGGAAACACGGUUUGGAAGGAAACUUGCAGUUAUCAGGGGCGAGGUGGAGAGAGAGAUUCAGGCUCUAGUGUCUAAGAGAGACAACGUUCAUACACACCACCCGUACCACGCCUGGGACCCUGUGCCCUCUCUAUCGGCAGCCUCAGCUGGCACGCUGAUCAGCCAUGAGAAGCUGCUGCUUCAGAUCAACACAGAACGGGAGUUGGGCAACAUGGACUACAAACUGGGACAGGUCUCCAUCCACUCAGUGUGGUUAGGUAACAACAUCACCCCACUGAGAGAGGAAGAAUGGGGUGAGGAUGAAGAAGAUGAAGCAGACACUCCAGCCCCCACCUCCCCGCCCGUAUCUCCUAUCAACUCCAGGAAGCAUCGUGCAGGUGUGGACAUUCAUUCAUGUUCCCAGUUUCUCCUGGAGCUGUACAGCCAGUGGCUGAUCCCUGGCUCCCCGAGUAACAGGAAGACCCCGACCAUCCUUGUCAGCGAAGUGGUCCGAUCGCUGCUGGCGGUGUCGGACCUGUUCACAGAGAGGAACCAAUUUGACAUGAUGUUCUCCACCCUUAUGGAACUACAGAAGCUCCACCCACCAGAGGAUGAGAUCCUCAAUCAAUACCUGGUGCCUGCUAUCUGCAAAGCAGCUGCAGUACUGGGGAUGGACAAAGCAAUAGCGGAGCCUGUUUGUCGCCUGUUGGAGACGACCCUGCGCAGCACCCACCUGCCCAGCCGCAUGGGUGCUCUGCAUGGAGUGCUGUAUGUGUUGGAGUGUGACCUGCUGGACGACACAGCCAAGCAGCUCAUCCCCACCGUCUCCGAGUACCUGCUCUCCAACCUCAGGGCCAUCGCUCACUGUGUGAACCUGCACAACCAGCAGCAUGUGUUGGUAAUGUGUGCCGUGGCCUUCUACAUGAUGGAGAACUACCCUCUGGAUGUAGGAGCUGAGUUUAUGGCUGGAAUCAUACAGUUGUGUGGUGUGAUGGUGUCGGCCAGCGAGGACUCCACUCCCUCCGUCAUCUAUCACUGCGUGCUGCGCGGUCUGGAGCGCCUCCUGCUGUCGGAGCAGUUGUCACGCGUGGACGGAGAAGCGCUGGUCAAACUCAGCGUGGACCGAGUCAACAUGCCGUCGCCGCACAGAGCCAUGGCCGCCCUGGGCCUCAUGCUCACCUGCAUGUACACCGGAAAAGAGAAAGCCAGCCCUGCCAGCCGCCCCGCCCACUCUGACCCUCAGGCCCCGGACAGCGAGUCGAUCAUUGUUGCCAUGGAGAGGGUCUCUGUGCUCUUCGACAGGAUCCGGAAAGGUUUGCCCAGCGAGGCUCGGGUGGUGUCCAGGAUUCUGCCCCAGUUUCUGGACGACUUCUUCCCGCCGCAGGACGUCAUGAACAAAGUCAUCGGAGAGUUCCUGUCCAAUCAGCAGCCUUACCCACAAUUUAUGGCCACUGUCGUCUACAAGGUUUUCCAGACCCUCCAUGCCACGGGCCAGUCUUCUAUGGUGCGAGACUGGGUGCUGCUCUCCUUGUCCAACUUCACCCAGAGGACACCAGUGGCCAUGGCCAUGUGGAGCCUCUCCUGUUUCUUUGUCUCUGCUUCCACCUCCCAGUGGAUCUCAGCCCUACUGCCACACGUGAUCAGCCGAAUGGGCUCCAGUGAGGUGGUGGACGUCAACCUGUUCUGCCUGGUGGCCAUGGAUUUCUACCGGCACCAGAUUGACGAGGAGCUGGACCGCAGGGCUUUCCAGUCCGUCUUCGAGACUGUGGCCUCGCCAGGCAGCCCUUAUUACCAGCUGCUGGGCUGUCUGCAGUCGAUCCACCAGGAUACAUCACUCUGAGGGUGACGGACUGAGAAGGUCACGAAGGCACAGAGAGAGGCAGGGGGAAAUGUGGAUUAGAGUGAGAGAUGUGGUAGAGCGAGAAAUUAGAUGACACGCCGUACACGUCCUCCUCGAGUUGCAAUGAAGGGGAUGAACAGAAUGUUUCAUUAGAAAAAUCUACUGUAGCCUCCCCCCCUUUCCCUCCUUUACACCGAUGUGAAACGAGUAGAGCUACUGAAGGCACCAUGAUGAAUUCAGUGGAGUGAGCAUUGAGAAAAACAAGGGGAGAUCUGACUCAGUGUCAGUUUUAGGGCGUAUGUUAAAGGACUGUCUGAAGAGUGCACUUACCUGAAGGACACUGGCUGCAAAAUCCUCCAAACUGUGGCUUUUCCAGAGACCAAUCCUCCAGACGACUGACAGCGCCUUGAACACCUCCUCCCACCCAGCACCUUGAUUAGAAACCUACAAAAAAAUAGCAUAAAUCAAACAUUUGAUUUGUUUAUUUUCCUGUGAGGACUUGCUUGAGUAUCGUGAUGUCAGUCAAGUAAAAUAGAGAGAAAAAAAGACUAGAAAAUGCAAAGUAUUUACUAUAUUUAAAGUUUCAAUGCAUCUAUUUUUCAGUGCGUUCUGUUAAAGAUUGCUUAAGGUCUGGUUAGGACACCGACAAUGGGCUGACUCUAAAGGGUCAGAAACACUUGCUUAAUGUUGUCGAUAAUUAGUAUCUUUGAAGACCUUUUUUUUAAUAUUUAAGUUACUUGUGUUCAACUGACGCACACAAGUUAAAUAGUAAAUAUUUUAUGUGUAAGAAUGAUCACUAAUAGCCAUAGUAUUUUUUUUUU